AGUUAGACACUUAAUAUAGACUGUAUCCUGAGGAAGAGAUGAUAAGGUAGGUAGCAAGGGAUACAUGCAGAGCCUUUCUACUAUUCCAUCCCUCUGACAUUCUCAGUCUCUUGCCCCCUCCGUCUCAAAGGACUGCCCAUCUGUAUGCUAUUUUAUAGGAGGCUCCAGAGGAAAAACAAGUCUGCCGUCAGGGAAGGAAGUGUUUGAAUUUUUUUAAUGAGGAUUUCAGAUUGGCGUAAGCAACACCACAUCUGGAAACCAAAGACAGGAAAAGUCUAAACCACUGAAGCAUCCAACCUGGUAGGAUACGAACAAAGAAGGAUUACAAUAACCAAAGAUAGAAAAGAAGCUUGGAUGAAGACAAGGAAAUGGCUUUGAUUUGUUUCUCCUUAAUGUGCUUCUUAUCCAUAUUCUUGAGACUCUUUUCUCCAGCAAUUGCCGCAGGGGAAAGGGGACAGCAAGCUACAGUAGUCAAUGUUUGUGGAAAAGGACAUUUUCUUUCUGAACUGGAAACAUGUUUACCAUGCAGCUGUAAUGGUCACUCCAACAGCUGUCAAGAUGUGACAGGUAUCUGCAAUAACUGUCAGAACAACACAACUGGAGACUAUUGUGAAGAGUGUCUUGAUGGAUACAUUCGUGAUACAGCUGAGGAGGGUCAGCUGAUCUGCAAGCCUUGCUCAUGUCCAUUUUUGAUCAGCUCCAAUAACUUUGCAGUUUCAUGUGAAAAGAAAGGCAGUGCAGUUAGGUGUAUGUGUAAGGAAGGUUAUGCUGGGCCCAUCUGUGAAAGGUGUGCCCCGGGUUACUAUGGCAACCCUUUAUUGAUCGGAGGCACCUGUAAGAAAUGUAACUGCAAUGGGAACUCUGAUCCUAACCUGCUCUUCAGUGAUUGUCACAAUAUGACUGGCCACUGUCAGAACUGCUGGCACAACACUACAGGAAUCAACUGUGAGCGUUGUGCUCCUGGUUACUAUGGGGAUGCCAUCAGCGCCAAGAGCUGCAGAGAAUGCAGUUGUGAUAAGUGUGGUGCAGAUUCCUGUGAUGACAGGACUGGAAGGUGUUAUUGCAAGCCAGGAGUCACAGGCCCUUACUGUGACCGCUGUGAGGUCGGUCACUAUGGAUUCAGCAGUUGCCGUGGAUGCAGGAGGUGCAUGUGCGGCGUGGCCUCUGUGAAUGAUAUCUGUAAUCCUGUGACGCAAGCCUGUGUAUGUCAGCCUGGUGCUGCUGGCAUGCACUGUGAGCGCUGUAUGAAUGGCUACUGGAACUAUAGGCCUUCUGGCUGCCAAAAAUGUGCUUGCAGAGGAGGAUCGUGCAACAGUAAAACAGGACAGUGUCUUUCAGUUCCUGUUGUACCACCAGCUGCAAAUGCCUGUGAUAUAACCUGUGAUAACUGUAUAUGGGAUUUAAUUGAGGACCUGAGGUUUUCCAAUGAAUCUAUGAAAGAAAUCAAAGCAAGCAUGGUAAACAUUUCCAGUGGAGCUGCUGCCAACAACCGUUUGAAUCACCUCAACACCACAACCCAGCACCUCAAGAGCCAAUUAGCUGGGUGGAGCAACCAGUCUGAGCAAAGAUUACUCCAAACAGAUGAUGCUGAGGAUGCCGUCUCAAAUCUCCAGUCAGAUUUGAACACUUUGGCUGAAAAGGAAAAUACAACAAUCUCUGAAGGACUUAAAGUGGAGAAGGAGACACAAGACACCUACAGUCGUGCAGAUCACCUCGAAAAACAGCUCCUCUUACUCAGCAGUAGCAUUCAAGUAGACAUUAUUGGCAAGAUGAUCUACUACAGUCUACAACAUAAUCUGACCUCUGAAGAAAGCACCACGAGGAAGGAGGAAGCAGAGGAAAUGGUGAACACUAUGAGAAAACUGAACUUGUCUUUAACUGGACCCAUCGCUACUGAGGAAUCCACGAAAGCGAAUCAAAUUUUAAGACGUGUUCUUCAGCUGGAGAAGAAGCUGAACAGCACCACAGUGCUGGUUUCUCCGAUUCAGCACAAGCUCUCGGAGCUCAGCAGCAGGCUGUCUGACACCAGGGAGCUCCUUGAGGGGACAGUGAGAACCGUUCAGCAAGCUGAGGAGAAACACAAAGAAAACCUUGUCAGAUUCCAGGAGAAUGAGAACUUGCAGCAAAAACUGAGGGAAGACUAUGGAGAUGUUAACGAGACACUAGAGGAUGCAGGAGACAUUAUAAUUGACACAGGCCUUGACGUUGGUGAACUGGAAACUAUGAUAAAGAAUGUGUCAGAGUUCCAUGCAGCGAUCGAUGGAGCCAACAGACUCUUGCGAGAAAGGGAAGCUAAUUUGUCGAGAUACGACAAGGACUUGGUUCUUCGAGCCAUAGACUAUGCCAAAGAACUUCAGAAACUUGCUGCUGAGUUGGAAAAUUAUUUGAAAAAUAUUGAUGCCAGUGGGUUUGUACAGAAAGCAAUAAACGCUUCCAAUGUGUACGAAAACAUUGCAAAGUAUGUUGAAGAGGCAAAUGAGACUGCAGUAAUUACAUUCAACUACACAGAGAGAGCUGAGGAGGCUGUCUUUGGUGUAAACACUCAGGUUGGAUUUCUUAAAGAACGAAGUGAAACUCUUUUGAUUGAAACCACCAAAUUACAGCAGUCAGAAGAAGAAAUGGACAAUGAGUCUGCCGUCCGUGCUGCCAAAAGAAAUAUUAAUGGAGCGAUCGCUAAAGUGGAUUCUGUCAAGAAACAACUUUCAGAAUCCUCAAGUCAGCUGAAGACCAUUGAACGUGGUAACACAACGCAGCGUCUGGAAUACUCAAAGAGGAUUGCUGAAAACACCCUGAACAAUACUGCGACAGUCCUUCAAACAGUCACUUCCAUUAAUGAAACAGUCCAAGGCUGGGCCAGGAAUCUGGACAACUCUGAGUAUGACACGUCUGCAUACAACAGGGCAGUGAGUGCUGCAGGGGAAGCAGUGGAAAACAUGACAGGAAUGAUCCCUGAGCUGCUGGAUAAACUGCGAGUGGUGGAGCAGAAGAAGCCCAUGAGUAACAUUUCAUCCAGCAUCCUGCGAACCAGGCAGCUCAUUGCACAGACCAGAAGUCUGGUCAGCAAGGUUCAAGUUUCCAUGCGGUUCGAUGGCCAGUCAGCAGUCGAGGUUCAUCCGAAGACUAAACUGGAGGAGCUGAAAGCCUUCACCUCGAUGAGUUUGUUCAUGAAGGUGGAUUCCGAGAAGCACAAGGGGCAGGAUAGAUUCAUCAUGUACCUGGGUAACAAAAAUGGAAGGAAAGAUUAUAUGGGCCUUGCUAUCAAGAAUGACAACCUGGUGUAUAUUUACAAUCUGGGUGGUGGAGAUGUUGAGAUAACUUUGAGCUCCAAUCCUGUCAGCACCUGGCCACCCCAGUUCAACCUCAUCAAAACUGAAAGGCUUGGCAGACAUGGUAAAGUAUUCCUAACCAUUCCAAGUCCUAGUAGCACAGCGGAACAGAAAUUCAUCCAGAAAGGGGAGGCCCCGGGCACUGAAUCGCUGUUUGACCUAGACCCUGACAACACUGUCUUUUUUGUUGGCGGUGUGCCUCCGGACUUCAAGAUCCCAGCCAGCCUGAACUUGUCCCCCUUUAUCGGUUGCAUCGAACUGGCAACUUUGAACAAAGACGUGAUGAGCCUGUACAACUUCAAGAACAAGUACAAAAUCAACACCGCAGCAUCGCCCCCUUGUCCCAGGUACAAGCUGGCUUUCACCCAGAGCCGAGCAGCAAACUACUUCUUUGACGGCACAGGCUAUGCUCUUGUGCGUAACAUUGAGAAGAGAGAAAAGUUUGGCAAGAUUUUGACACGAUUCGACUUAGGAGUGCGAAGUGUGAUGGACGAUGCACUCCUCCUACUGAUGGUCAAUGGUAGCAAUUUCUUCACACUGGAAAUGCAGAAGGGCCUCCUGCGCAUAGUGUAUGACUUUGGAUUCAGCAAUGGCCCUGUUGUUCUUGAAGACAAUUUAAAGAAAAUCCAGAUUAAUGAUGCCAGAUACCAUGAGAUUUCAGUGAUUUAUCAUAACUCAAAGAAGAUCAUCCUGGUGGUGGACAGGGGCCAUGUGAAGUCUGUGGAAAAUGAGAAAAAGCCCAUGCCCUUCUCUGACAUCUAUAUUGGAGGAGCACCUGCUGAAAUCUUGCACUCCAGCCCUGCACUAGCAACCCAUGCUGGGCUGAGAGGCUGCCUCAAGGGCUUCCAGUACCAAAAGAAGGACUUCAACUUGCUAGAGGAGGCCGGGACCAUUGGAAUCAGCUCUGGGUGCCCAGAAGAAUCACUUGUGUCCCGUGAAGCCUAUUUUAACGGCGAAAGUUUUGUCGCUUCAAGCCAGAAAAUCUCUCCCUUCCAGAUGUUUGAAGGAGGCUUCGAUUUCCGAACAAUGCAAUCUGCUGGGUUGCUUUUCUACUACAAUGAGGGGUCUGAUGAGCUUGCCAUUUCUCUGGAAAACGGAACAGUCGUGCUCAAUACUAAGGGAACCAAAGUGCGGUCAGAAAAGAACCAUUAUAACGAUGGCCAAACUCAUUUCCUCGUUGCAUCGAUCACUCCACAGAGGUAUCAGCUGAUUGUCGAUGACAAAGACAGGCAAAGUAAAAGUCAUCAAGGUAUCACACAUCAACAAGCUUCUGCACCCAGCAAGUUCUACUUUGGGGGGUCACCUAGUGGCCAGUACUUGAACUUCACAGGAUGCAUCAGCAAUGCAUUCUUAAGCAGGCCCGACAGAGACAUGGAGGUGGAAGAUUUUCAGAGGUACACUGAGAAGGUUCAGGCUUUGCUGCAUGGCUGCCCCAUGGAGAAACCUCCUGCUGCGUUGUACGCUAAACCUGACAGAAACUCCUCGAAACCCAAGAGAGGGCGCGCCAGAAAGGUGGGCAGAGAUAAAUUAAGCACCCCAGAGGUUCCUUACUCUCUAAAGGAUAACCCUGAGGAGCUGAGAGGAAAGGAAGAGGCACACUGCUAUCUGUCAGCCAGACCCAGAGCUACACAGCAUGCACACCAGUUUGGGGGGACAGCAAACAGCCGACUGGAGUAUGGCAGCAUUCCUGACUUUUUCAAGGAAAGGUCCCACUUCUCCCUCAGUUUGAGGACCCAGUCCUCCCAUGGCCUCAUCUUCUACGUGUCAAAUGAAGAGGAAGACAAUUUCAUGGCACUGUUCCUUGCUCAUGGCAGACUAGUUUACAUGUUCAACGUUGGGAACCAUAAGCUAAAAAUCAAAAGCCAGGAGAAAUAUAAUGAUGGAGCAUGGCACAAUGUCAUAUUUACCCGUGAAAAGAACAAGGGGCUUUUAAUAAUUGAUGGUCUUCGAGUGCUGGAGGAUACUGUCCCAGAGGCUGGUGCUCCUUGGCAUGUUAGUGGUGUAUUCUAUGUGGGAGGUGUGCCCCCUGGGAAAGCUCAUAAAAACAUACAGAUCAAUUCCGUCCGCAGUUUUACCGGCUGUGUGAAGAGUAUCCAGCUGAAUGGCCAGUGGCUCGCUUCAGUCUCCCAUACGUUUGGGGUCACACCCUGCUUUAAUGGGCCCACAGAGUCUGGAACAUACUUCUCAGCUGAGGGAGGAUAUGUAGUUCUAGACGAUUCCUUUAACCUGGGCUUGAAGUUCGAGCUGGUGUUUGAGGUGCGCCCCCGAGCCAGCUCAGGAAUUCUGCUGCACGUUUACACCUCGAGUGGUGAAUACCUGAACAUGCACAUAAACAACGGGCAGGUGAUUGUUCAAGUUCACAAUGGAAUUAGAGAAUUUGCCACUUCAGUCAUUCCAAAACAAGGUCUGUGUGAUGGCAGAUGGCACAGAAUUGCAGUUAUCAGGGAUGCCAAUGUAGUGCAGCUGGAUGUUGAUUCAGAGGUUACCCACGUGGUGGGGCCACUGAAUACCAGAGCAAUAGACAGCAAGGCUCCUGUUUUUAUUGGGGGUGUGCCAGAAUCUCUUCUCCCCCAGAGCAUGCUCAUCAGAACAGCCUACACUGGCUGUAUGCGAAACCUCAUGAUCAAUGAGACAGCGGUGAGCUUCAGUAAAGCAGCACUGGUCAGUGGAGCUGUCAGCGUCAACUCCUGCCCAGCAGCUUAGCAGCUUGUCACAUCCACAAAGCAAAGACCUGCAGCAUCAAAGCAGAACACAAGAGAGAAGCAAUAUGUAUCUGAUAGUAUAUCCACUGCCUUAUGUAGUAAAAGCAUGACAUUGCAUUGCCACUACGCUUUCUGUGAGAAUGUUUCCUUGUAAGUUAUUGUGGGUUAACCACUGCACCUGCCAGCACUGCUAUCUGAAUAACAGAACCCAAGACUAAGUGUUCUUCAUGCUCUGGUUAUACCACACCAGGUAGAUUGCGCUGUCAUUGUGAGGAACACUAUCCAGGAUGGCUUCAGGCUCUAUUAACAUAAACAUGCCAACUGAAAACCUGUCUUUUUAUUUAUUUUAUUCUAUCACAAAAGUGCUCAUUUGCAAUCUCAUUGUGAACACAAGAGUUCUUUAUCAUGUAUGCUUAUUGGAGGCCAAACAGUAUUAUGCCAAAAACAAGCUAAUCCUUUAAUUGGAAAUAAAGUGACAUUUAGAUAAUGCUUUGUGUUUUGAAUGAAUCUUCCAGACACAAUCUACUCCUGUAUUACACCGAAUGUGUGUACUGUAGUAUCCAAAACCAGUUGGAUUAUGAAAGGAUCCUUGUUUUCUAAUGCAAUUUACUAACUGCGCUUAAAGCUGUAAAACUGCAAAAAUAUGUUUAAUGUUUCAUGAGUGUUUUUAUUUUAAUACAUUUGGGGCUGUAUUAAUACAGCAUGCCAGGAAUUAAAUCGAUUAGUUUCACAGACACCUAUCAGCUUUACUAUUGGACUACCUAUUGUCUCCUUAGAUAAGGUAGUCAGGAUCUGUGAAACCAGCAAGUAAUGUCUUUCUGUCUCACAACUGAGGAUGGCCCAGGUGCUGGUGUCUCCUACAGCCGUACCUGUAUCUCUGGAAAACAAGUGUCUCCUACAGUCAUACCUAUAUCUCUGGAAACACCAUUUUCAAUAGCAUUGCGAUAUGCUCUGUUUGUGUUACUCAUGCUUUCACAGGUAUUUGCUACUUUGCAAUUGUUUUUUUUUUUUUUUUUUUUUAAUUACAGUGACGUUUAACAAUAGUAGUUUACAUGCUCUGAUGUGAGGUGUGCUACAGGCAUGAAAGUAUCUUCUAUCAAAGGAGGUGUUUAAGAAAUGUAUAAAACGCUCACUGCCUCACCUUCACAAUUUCCCAAUUAAUACAGUGCACACCCGUGAUGACGAGGAGGUUAAAUAAAGCACGUGUACUGAACACAGAUAAAAAGGCAAAACAAAUACUAAGCACUGAGUGAAUAAAAUAUACAAAUGAUCACUAAAGUAUUAGAUGACAGAUCUGUUUGAAUGCCUUACUGACUCUGUAUUAAAGGAAUGAUAAUCAAUGUUUUAAAAUCAAUCCUAUUUUUAUCACUGAUCUCAUUAAUAUUGUGAUACUUGGGGCAUGCAAGUCAAACAUACCACACUAGCUUUACAAAAUGUACACUUCCUACUGUCAGUACUGGUAUCACUCCAUGUGAUACAAGAUUCCACACAUCAGUGGUGUAGAGUUCCAGUUUUAUACUGCAUCUAAUCUCACAUGUGCAGUUUUGAAAGAAACACAUAUCAAACAUGUAUUUAGUUUAAAACAGAACGGAAAUCUCUUAAAUUCCUUAUACUUCAUUGGUAAAGCUCCCCACCCCCUCAAUGCCCUUCUCCUGGCAAUAACCAGCCAGCUGCUUCCUCUAUUGCAGCCUCUAACAUUCAGACCUGGAAGAAAGUGACUGGGUGAACUGAAGAAUCCUGCUCGAGAUAAGGCGAGGGUUUUCUUUACCCUUAUAUACAGAGAGCUGUAUCCUGGGGUCGAUGCAGCAAGAAAUACUCGAGGACACUGGUUUGUAAUUACAGAGCUAACACUUCGAAGCACACUUG